AUGUGUAAACCCUCAAAAGGAUUUGUAGGUGUUGAGGGAAUAUCUCGACAUGUCGGGCAGGCAAUUCAUUCCAGCUCAGCUUUACCGCCCGCUCCCAGUGCUAUGCAACUCCACGACUUUCUACGCGUUUUGCGGGAAAAUUAUGUUAAAGAUUCAGAGAUAGAUACGGGAAGCGAAACUUCUCUAAAACAACCUCAAAAGUCGUUAUCUCCGUCCUCUGUAAAGGCGUCUUUGAUGAAAACAGAGCUUGUCCAGUCUGGUGCUUAUCCGACCGAUGCCCGUGUGCGUAGCUGUUUUGCAGCGUGUGGGACACAUUCCGUUUUGGGCUCGUUUUUGCAGUGGUUUAGUGAGGCCAUCUUGAUGCUUUUCACAAACGGCUUGGAGUCGGUAGCUUCUUUCCCAGAACAAUGGGAGAUGAGGCUGCAGGAGGAACGUGUAGGUAUGUCUUCGCUACAUCAAUACAUGUUUGAGCUGCAGGGCUUUGGGAUCCUCUUCAGCUACCUGUGGUGUCGCUUGGCAAUGCUGGCUAACCUUUCUCAGGGUAGCCCCGGUGCGGAAACUUGCCGAGAUGAUAUGGAGGAAGAAUUUUUUCCUCAUGGAAAUACUAAUUGUAAAUUAUUUAGGAGUGUGCAAGCUGGUCAUAGCAAAUCAAGGCCAUCGCACCAGAGAACUCAUGACGUGGGAAAGGUCUCACAUGUGUCAUAUUCCCUUUCUCAGCUUCCAAUGAUGGGUAUACCUUUGAAAAAUGAGGCUUCAAAAAAAGAGACUAAAGCUUUUCUCUGUCCAAUAACGUCGUUACUCGAGCAGCGGGAGGCUCUUGAAGGCACUUCGUCCGCAUGCGGAAUGGAGCUUGAAGCUGUCGGACGCAGUCCAAAUCCUGUUGUUCCGCAGAUGCCAGCACAUUCACAUGUCAAUUUACUCAAUUUCAAAAAUUCAUUAUCCAGGGGUAGUCAUGUUACCAGGAUUUGUAGUGCCGUUGAUCGAUCCAAUGAUGCCCAACCAGCGAAACCAUCUAUCAAUCAGACGGAAGCAUAUAUCAAAGGCUACGCUUUUACCUCAUCCUCUCAGAAAAGGAAUCCGGGAUCAAUAGUGAGAAUGCCACCAGUCAUAAAGCAUUACAAUAAUUCAUCUGAUGUAGAGCGAGGCAUAAUGAAGACUAGGGCGUACGAUCAUGCAUACACUCAAGUGCCGUACAGUGAGGACUCGCCAAUCGAGUUGGCUUCGCGUCGCUGUCUACUUUUGCCACCAAGGUCAAAUGUAGUCGAUUGUCAAAGUAAGUCGGGGUCUCUGAAGCCGAAUUCUUCUUCGGUGCGGUUUUUCCGACUUGAUGACACCGCCUUCAAUUCUUCUUCUAGUCCAACUAUAGAUCCUGUGGUAAUGAGAAAGCAAGGGAAAGUUAGAGCAAUGUCAAUCGAGGAGUUUGAGCAAGGGGAACGCGAGAAGGCGCUUAAAAAGCUCUACGGUGUCCAGGAAAUUAAGAAUUAUGCACAUGAAAGGGACGUCAGGGACUUCAUGAGGCACUUGGACGAGUUAAGAGAUUCGUUGUUAAAAGAAAGUACCAACAACAUGGAGCCAAUUGAUUGA